CGCUGAUGAGAGCCUGAGCGAAGCGUUGCGACAAAGUAUGACAGUCUUCCGUCACGGUGGCUUCCGAGCCUCGGCUCGAUGACUUCAUGCUGUGGAGCACAAUACCAUACGUCGAGAAGCAGGCAUUCAGAACACUGUCAUAAUGCCGACCGAAAUUGAAGGGAAGGACGGUCAACCCAUCGAAGUUGGGCACACCGUCUCUACCAGGUUUCGUGUAGGGACGCGAGAAGGCGAGGUUGAGGCAAUCGUCGAGAACCAAGAGGAGGCGAAGCAGUUCUCCGCGGAACUCGGUACGGCGGUGAGGAACCCUCCGAAGGGCGUGUUCACAGACCAGCACGGCUGUCACGUCGCACAUAAUCCGGAGGCUUUGACGCAUACACAGGGCUCUACCUGAGAGAAUCAUGGUUAUCGAGGCAGAGAUAUCGUGACAGGAAUUCCGAGAAG